AUGGAGGGAGAAGCAGAGGAAUCGGACGAGGAUGCUCAGGUGCAGGACAAGCCCACUGUGCUUUGGGAGAAGUGCAUUCGGCAGAGCAUCUUUGUUGACCUGAGUGAGGAUGAAAGUCUCCACCUCAGUGAUUUGGAACAUUCUUUAGCCUUACGUCUGUCCCAGGCAGAGUCUGCUGCCUCCGAGGCAAGCAUCCAUCUCAGUGGGAGUGCGGAGCUGUCGGCCUUGGAUGUCACCUCUUCAGAGUCCAGUAUUGUCAUCAGCAGUCAGAGUGAGAUGGUGGUCGAGAGCAAGCCCAAGAGCAGCGUGUUGCAUGUGUCCGCCCAAAGACCAAACACCAUUCAAGAUGAGCCACCAUUAAAGCAUGAGGGCCCCGCACAAGAUACUAGUGACGAGGAGCAGGAGGACCUCCCUUUUGAUUGUGACCUAGGUAGCCCCUACUUCAACCAAACAGCGACCUCUGAGGGCGACACAAGCUCUGAUGGAAGAGAAACGAUUCAUGCGAGUCCUGAUGUUACUGGUGUGCUUGAAUGUAAGACAAGAGAUAGAGAUGAUAUUAUUCAACGCUUGCUUUCUGCUGAGCGUCAUGCUGAGAAACCAGCAACUUUGUCACAAGAGGAUGCCAACACCAAACGGGACAACCUUUUCGAUGCUUCCAAGCCAAGGAAGGUUGCCCCAUCAUGCCCUUGUCCUUUUGACCUUAACCAGUUGUUGCUGCGACACUUCUCCCAGGAGGAGCUGCUGCGACCCUGUAGGCUGAUCGAGGCGGAGACCCUGCCAGAGGUGUCCCUAUUGGAGAGCGGGGAUGACACUGUUUUCAGCUGUGCUCCAACACACAACAGCUCAACGAUUAAUAGCAACCACUCCGACAGCCCUGCUUGUAAUUCUGAGAUUAAUCAGAGUUUCUGCUCUGACAGGACUGAUGAGAAAAGUGCAUCAGGAAAACCAUCUAGUUUAGAGGACGAAGCAGAAAGGGAAAUUGCUACUGUCACCUCUGCCACUUCUGACAGCAUUACAUCCAGCUCUGCAAGUAAACAUUCAGACCAGGGCAGUGGGGAUACAAGCGCCCUAGAUGUAGAGAAGCGGGAACAGGCCGAAGAGGAUGAACAGGUUCAGAGAGUCCCACUUGUGCGCACCAGGUCCUUCAGUGAGAUGAAGUAUGGUCAAGGUCAAGUCCAUUACCCACUCCCUGACUUCUCCAAGGUUGCCCCCAAGGUCAAAAUCCCCAAAACUCCAAAUGGACCAGCCAGACCUGUUCCUCAGAGCCCCGGCACCAUGCACAGAGCACAGUCCUCUCCAGAGAUGUUAGAGGUGGUCAGCAGAGUCCUAGAGGAUUCAGUCCAGCCUUCAGUGAAGCCCUAUGUCUUCAAAGAUGAGGACAAACAGCCUGCUCCAGCACUGGUGUAUCACCUGCAGGCUGAAUAUGAUAAAUUACUAACCAAAUAUGCUGAAGCAGAGAACCUUAUAGAUCAAAUGAGAACAGGAACCAACGCUCAACCCUCCUCAGAAUUGAUGCUUCAUUUCGAGUGUGAUGAAGAUCAUCAGGGUAACUUAGUUGAGAGAGGCCAUCUUGGAUCCGUGGCUUCUCACCUUCCCCCAUCAGAAAAACCCCGGAGCAACAAUCAAGUGAUGAACACAACAUCCUCCAGCCAGCCGGAGGAAGGUCCUAGUGAUGGUGAAAGAAUGACUGCACAGCUGAUAGAUAUCAUCAGCCAGUUCAUGCAGAAGGUGGAAGAAUUUAAAUUAAGUGUGAGCAUCAUGUCAGUGAGCACAGCAGAACAGCAAAUGAUGUUGAGGAGCAUUAUGGAGGCUCAGGACCAACUGGAAAGAGAGUACAUCAGUAAGAAGGAACAGCACCGAGCUCUGGAGAUGCAACACUACAUGGGCCUGUCCAGGAAAACAGGCAUCUUUGACCCAAACAGGCAGGUGGAGGGAGACAUAUUCAGGAUAGGAAUGCGACUUGAGGACAUAAAGGAGAUGAUAGACAAAAAUGUGUGUGAGCAGAUUUCUCCACCCCAUUCAUGCUCCACUCCCACGCCCAUGAGAGAAAGGCUGCAAAUUAAGCUGAGUCCUCUCUGCAUGCCAUCACCCUCACCUCCACCAUCCCUGCAUGAGGGCCCAAGUGCAGGUUUUUCCACUGUGGGUUAUAAGAUGGACACACAGAAAGAGGAAGGAAAAGAGGAGGAAGUCGAGGAGGCCAGUGAAGUCCAUGGAGAUCUGGGUUUCCAGCAAAGCAGUGAACUCAUAACAACUGACUCUUUGAAAAAUACUGGACACAACUACUGCUAUUUAAGGGGCUCACUGGUCUCUCUGGGAGGACAAGACAUCCAGACAACGGAAGCUGAAGAGGAGAGGAGCUCUUCUGUCUCCUCAGAGGUGAUAGAUCACAGCAGCAUCUUAGCAUACUUGAGUGGAAGCAGCUCAUCCUCUAGACAGAGGGAGUGGACACGCGACAGCCGUAGCACCCUGGAUAGUGUCUUGAACACAGUGGGUGAAUGUGAUCUGGGUGAUCGUGUGAGUCUGGCUGUGGAGGUCUCAGACAGCCACAUUCUCUCAGAGCCUCCUCUCAACACCUCAUCUCUAUCACAGAGGCGUGUGAGUCCAGAGACCGACAGUGGAUUUGGGAGCUCCUACUUGAAUCAAUCAGCCUCUGGACCGUUUCAACCAAAUCUGCUCACAGAAAGAGGGCCGACCCAGGAUGAUGGUUUAAGUAGCUCAGAGAGCGAAGGCUCCCGCUCCAACCUGCAGACAGCCAUCCAGUCAGCCUCACUCACUAGCCAGCGAUGGGCCAGUCCCUCCCCAUCCGUCCAAACACAGUCCUGUGGUGCAGCAGCAGCAGUGGAGCGGUGGGUGGAGAGCACCACUAAGGAGCCUUCAGUCAGGCUGCAGGGAGCUGAACGCAGCCUGCCUGCCCAGCUCCAUCACCACGUAUCUGAACCCGUACUUAGCCCUACCAUGGAUACAGAAGAGAGAGGCUGUCCACUGUACUCCUGCUCAUGUAAUAGUGAGACUAUCCUGGCCUUGCAGUCAGAGGUAUCCCGACUGAAGAAGGACUUGGAUGAGGGCUUGGUCCAGUUGCCUCACCUAGCACUGAAAAUGGACUAUCUCACCUCUAAAUACAAACAGGAUCAUCAAGAGCGCAGGUCUAAAACCAAACCGCGGACCCACUACAGACCAGCCUCCAACAGUGUGUGGAAGCCAUCGAGUAGCACACAGAAUGUGAGCAAUCUCAGUCCCAGUCAGAUGAGGAUAGAGGACUGGAUCUCUUCGGACAUGGACCCCAGCAAGAGUAAAGGUACAGACAACGGUGACACAGCUGGCUCGGAGAUCAUGUUGCUGUUCCACAAUUCACCUGCAGAGAGCAGGAGAAGCAGUGUGCACUCUGCACCUGAGUUUCAAUAUAAACUUCAUGAGGCGCUGCAGUCCAACAGAGGGUCAGAGGGAAAUGGCUCAGUGAAAACAUCUGGUCUGACCAGCUCCAUUUCAAAAGAAGGAAAGGCGUCUGACAGCCAUGCGAAGCAGAGACCACAAACAGCCAUCAUGGAGAGUUUUUACUCCAAAGAGAGGUGGUCUCUUUUCCCCUCUCCGUCUCUUCAGAAGCCCCUGCUCCAGGUCAGCUACGGCUCCUCCAGCAGCCUGCCUGCAAGCUAUAAAGUGAGGGAGCCACCUCUGCGGUCCAUGACCCAUCACAGAAAGCGCUCCACCCAGUCUGACACGGCUCUCCUGCCCAGUAAUGUGUACUUCCAGCGGACACCGUCUCCAGCAUCAGGGCCCUCAAAGACUGGCAGCCGGUCAGGCAGAUGCAGAGGGACCAAGGAGGUGGAGAUGAACAGGACUCUCGACCAGGCCAUUGAGGUGGCCCGCAGCAUGAAGAGGACCACCGACCGAAUGGCCACGAGACUGUCGGCUGACCUGGCUGAGGCUCAUCUUCACCGGAGAGUACACAGCAUGCAGCCACAAGGAGGCAGGAAACCCCAUUAUAAGGAUGAGUUCACUCUGUAG